UUCGAUUGGGCCAAGCAUAUAAUUGUCCAAGCCACGGGGGUAGGUUUGUUUGGUAGCGAGCAUCCAUUCAAAGAUCCAGAAAUUGCGGAUGCUAUGUGGUAAGUCACAGGGAAUCUUGUCAAAUAUCCUCAACAUCUUGCUCUGCACCUCUCUAUUUCUCCACUUCUCCUCAAGAACCAUAAUGGUUGCGUCGCAUGGUAAACUAACAACGAAGAAGGACUUGGGAUGAGUAUAGACCCAGUCAUAUUUUUGGGGUGGACCCCCUGGGCAAGGGCUACAAAGCCCGGACGAAGGUAUUUGCAGCCAUGCGGAGGUACUUUCAGAAGAUGCCCGAUGAUGCAUCCCUGAUGAUACGAGAACGCCAAAGGAUCUUACUCGAAGGAGGUGUCAGCGAAGAAGAUUCAUACAGGAUCCAGUCCACUCUUAGUAAUGCCUAUUUUAACACAAUCCCAACGUUAUAUUGGACUGUGUAUGAAAUAUACUCCCGGCCUGCACUGUUGGAGGCCAUACGCGACGAGAUACGCAGUCGAGCGACACAGAAGUCUGAGGAUGGUUUUGUCCUGGAUAUUGCCAUCCUCCAAACCGAGUGCCACCUACUACUGUCUGCUUACCAAGAGACCCAGCGUUUGAGGCAUGCACAAGUCGCAUUCCGUUCGAUCCUGGAGGAUACACUGAUAGAUCAGUAUAUGUUGAAGAAAGGUCACCACGUCAAUCAUUUUGAUCCCUACAGGUUUAUGCCUGCAAGGACAGGGGAGACUGAAGCCAAGUCCAGGAUAUUACCAACAAGCUUCCUACCGUGGGGCGCAGCACCCUGGUUAUGUCCGGCACGCCAGUUUGCAUCCACCGAAAUUCUGAUUAUUGUUGCUUUGCUCGUGUUGAGGACCAAUCUGGUUCCAGCGGACGGCAAUGGUUGGGAGCAAGACCCGCCCAUUGAGAAAAUAAAGAUCGCGACGUUACCACAUCCUUUACAUGAUACGCGCUUCAAGAUUUUACCUCGGGAGGAGGGAGCAGGCACGUGGAAAGUUGUGAUAGGCAAGAGCAAAGCCAGAAUAGCUCUAGCGUCCGGAUAAAGAUAAACAGAGCCGGUGAUCUUCGUGAGCGAAGCUAGCUACCGGUUCAUAUUCUAACGAAGAAGAAAUAGGUACAAGGACUCAUCUUCGGCCGUAUGUGUUGUGUGAUUGCGUGGGUCAUUGACUAGCUACAAAAAAAAG